AUGUCGUUGUCCAAUCCAUCACCAAACAUCGCCGGCGACGAACUCGACGGCCCCCUCAACGACAACGAUUCAAUCAUCUCCAAUCUCCGCACCUCCCAUGCGGCCAUAUCCACCAUCCUCCGCUCCUCCAUCGCCACCGCCCGAGAGCUCGACGCCGUCGACGGCCGCCUAUCUUGCCGGCGAGAAUUCCUCUCCGGAAUAGCCGCCGCAAUCUCGCCGCUCCAAUCCCAAGCACUCGCCACGAAAGCCCUCAACAGGCGAAUCAACCAAGCUGUCUCUCCCGCCAUCUCCUUCCUCCAAGCGUUUUCAAGAGCCCGACGGCUUGAGCGCCGCCUGCUCUCGCUUUCAUCCGCAGGAAGUAAUCAAGGAGGCGGGGAGGAUCAUACUUUGCUCGGUGGCGGAGGUGACCGCCCCGCGCCAAGCGGGGGGGGGGGGGGGGGGGGGGGGGGGGGGGGGGUGGGGAGGCUUCAAGAUGCGGUGGAGUUUUUGGAACGGACGAAGGCGACGGAUAAGCUGAGGUUGAAGAGGCUGAGAAAUGCGGCGGCGGCGUUGGGGACGGUUUGUGAGGAGGAGGUGGAGCAGAUGAGGUAUGAGGGUCCACUUGACGAGGCUCUGCUGCGGCUUCAGGACAAGUACGAGGAGAUUCUACGGCGGCUCCACCACCCGGACGUCGCCGAGUGCCCCAGUCCAAGAGAAGGCAAAUGGGAGUCAGACGGUAUGGAUCUGCUUGGUCAGGGAAUGGACGGUCCAGAUUGGCCCUCUCUUGGGUCGGCCGAGGAGAUCGAGGUUCUCCGGCGAAUCUCCGAGACACUCGCUUCCAAUGACUGCCUUGAUAUCUGCAUCGAUAUCUUCGUUAAGGUUCGGUAUCGCAAAGUGGCGAAAGCUCUAAUGCGUCUAAACCCAGAGUACCUCAAAAGCUACGAACCCGAAGACAUCGACCGCAUAGAAUGGGAAUCCCUGGAAUCCUCCAUCUCUCUCUGGAUCAACCACCUCCGCGUCGCCGUCCACUCCGUUCUCUCCGCCGAAAAACACCUCUCCCGCGCCGUCCUCUCCUCCGCAAUGGACGGCGCCGUCUGGCCCGAAUGCCGCUCAAAUCUCCGACCGCAUAAUGGCCGUCUUCCUCCGCUUCGGCGAAGGCGUCGCCCUCUCCUCUCCAGAACCCCAAAAGCUCGCCCCGUCCUCUCCCUUCUGUUCGACGACGCCGCACCAGACAUCGCCGCUCGGUUUCGAGAGCUGCAAAAGCUGCUCGUCAACGCCGCCUCUCGUGCCUUCGCAACGCUCGAGAACCUUCCCGAUGCUUCGCCGCCGCCCGCCGACGCUUCGGUUCCCGGCGUCGUGCGUUAUGUGAUUAAUUAUCUCAAGUGUCUUGCAGAUGGAUCAUAUGCGUCGGCAAUGGUGCACGUGCUCCGCACGGAGAGUUUGUGGAAAGCUGGGUUUCUCUCCCGGCCGGACCCUGACGAAGCUCUGCUAAGGGAAUCGCUUGCCAGAGCGCUCGACGCCCUGCGAGCCAAUGUGGAGAUGAAGCGUGGGAGGUACAGGGACAGAGUGGCGGCGCAACUGUUUGCGAUGAACUCAUACUGGUACAUGUACAUGAGGACACGUGGCUCGGAGCUAGCUCGGCUGGUAGGCGAGGAGGAGAUGAGAGAAAAGUACAGAGCGGCGGCGGAGGCAGCGGCGUUCGCCUACCAGAAGGAGGCGUGGGGAGCGAUACUGAGAAUGGCGCAGAGCGAGGUAGGAACAGAGAGAGGGGAGGCGGCGAGGGCCUUGGCGAGAGGAAAGGUGGAGGUUUUCGUGAGAGAGGUGGAGGAGAACUUGAGAAUGCAUAGAAUGGCGGGUUAUAAGAUUCCAGAUAAGGAUCUGAGGGAGCAGAUUAAGAAAGCUGUGAAGGAGAUGUUGGUGCCGGCUUAUGAGAGUUUCUUGCAGAGUUGCUCUGCGGCGAUGCAGGGACGGGUGGUGGUGACUCCGGAGGCUUUGAAGGAGUUGAUUGGGAGGUUGUUUGAAUGCGGCGGUGGUGACGAUACGGUGCCGUCGCCUGGAGGGGGGAGGUUGAGGAGGGAGAGGCGGAGGGGGUCGAUUAUUGAUGAAGUUUAGAGAAAGACUCAAUUCUCAUGUUUUUAC